CUUGGUUUAUCAAAUAGCUUUGACGAUGGCAACAACCACCCGAAUUCUCUUCAAUAGCCCGGCUCUGAAUUCCCUCAAACGCGACCAAUUAGUCAAAUUAUGCAAGAUUCAUUGUAUCAAAGCUAAUGGAAAGAACAAGGAUCUCGUCGAGCGUCUCCAGCUACACGCACAGACACUUCCGCCUGAUGAUCCGUUGAGCUAUGCAGCUAGGGGCGAUAAAAGUGAAGAUGAACAAGAUACUGCGAGAGAGGAAGGGGGCAGUUUGUCUGCACUGACGCGCCCGAGUGAACAAUGGGAGAUUGUCAUGGACAGCAUUGCAGAAGUUGAUGAAGAUGCUGCGAGUACACUCAAAAACAACCAGGCGCGUAAUGCCACACAAGCAGGAGAGUUUGGAACAAACGGGGGCAAAGCUUCAAGUGUUGGUUCCUCUCUCAAAGCCAUAGCCACUUCUCUUGGACUGAAACGCGGGAAUGAAACAACCACAACCGCUUCAUCGAAAUCUUCGCUCACUUCCACGCAAAGUGGCAAAUCGCAGAGCACGGCUCCGACUGAGCCGGAGCCCGAAGUUCAGCCCGUGCCAGGACAGAACACUCUUGCAGGCCUCCCAGCACCAGACAAUGCCCGUCUCAGUAUAUCUCAGGAGCCUGCAACGACUACAAUCCGUCUAGUCGCCUCCAACAUACCUAAUAACUCGUUGUUCUCCCCGCCAAAGUUACAUCCAUUCAAGACGUCCUUUGAUCUUGUGCCCCAAACGCCUGGCGGAGCAGAAGGUGGCAGUGUAUGGCCCCUCUCUCCUGGAGGAGCCAAACGCGGGCGCAUAUACCCAGAUGUCCCAACAUUUUCUGCCUUUGAACCUGUAAAUACUUCCGACAUGGACAUCGAUGUCGAUUUCUCCGGCACGCUUCAGUCAUCCACGCCAGCACGUUCGAAAUUCAAUACAGGUGCUACCCCGAAGUCUGACGAAAAGCCAUCUGAUGUCCCAAAAGAUUUAUUCUCCCCAGCACCAAGGCUUACUCGUGCUCGGGAGGAUGCGAACUCAUUUCGCCCACAGCGCUCCCCAGAAAAGACAAGCGGCGAAUUGGGAAUACCCCGCUCUGAGCCUUUCAUCUUUGGAUCUCCUAACCCUCAGCACCGUCUUUCAAACGCGCAAUUUCGAAGCGCGGCACAAAGCGUGCUGGACGACAUGAACGCGCGCCUUAGAUCGGAGGGUGUCGCAAGCGUAGACUUUGAUGUUUUAAGACGUCAGCAACAGUCCAUGUCAAGACACUCCAUUACAGAGGACCUACAGCAGGAGAAGAAAGCUAGUUCUAGUCAGCUAUUCGAUAAAGCGCACCAAGCACAAUUCGAUAAGAUGGACAGCAUCACUAGUCACUAUGCUGCGCGACGCGGACUGCUAUCUAGUGCAGAAGCUGCACCUGUUUUGGGCAAGCGAAAGACUACCGCUGGGCCCGCCUCCAUCACUGGGAAGACACGUAAGUCGAGCGUUGUGGUGAAGAAGGAUCGCGUUCCUUCUACCUCAAGUGUAAGGUUACGCCCAGUUUCGAAGAAGGUCGUACCAGGAGGAUUUGGCGACAAUGAUGACGAUGAUGACGGCGAAGAGGAGGAUGAGCAAGAGAAUGAUAGGCGCAAAUCUAAACGUUUUCGCAUCGACCCUAUUGAGGAUACAGAGUUGGAAAGGGAAGAGACAAAGAAACUUAAGGAGCGUGAGGCCAUUCGUCGGAAGCUGGAUGCCAACAAAGCCAAGAGGCGAAGCAGCAUGGGUAGGCCAAGUAUAGGCAAGGGUGUCCAACCACCCAAGCAAACAUCACGUUUCGGUUUCCUCUCUUCUGCAAAGAAUAUCGUCUCAAAUGUUUGGAAUCGCGGAACAACUGGGUCGAAACCAAACACCCUCGCCGCGAAGCCCGCACCCGUACUUCAGACAAAGACUCUAGCCUCAUCUAUGUCCUCCAAAGUAACCAAAGAGCCGCCAAAAGCACAGUCGAUGUCCAAAAAACCUUCGAUUAUCCCUGGCUCUUCGGGAGUACCACCCGUCCCUAAAGAGUGUGUGCCAUCAAUGUCGAAGUCUCCAAUUCAGUUCCCUGCUCCAGGGACGUCAAGUAGGAUGAGCCAUAGUAGGACUAACUCUGCUUCGUCCCUUGGUGUUGCUUCGCGAACAAAUAACGCACACGUAUCCUCCAUGGGCUCGAAGACUUCUCUCACUGGUACAUUAAGAGUUGCAACCAUUGGCACGGUUCGAGCUCGCGUCUCUACCCUCACGGCACCAACUGCAUCAUCAUUAGCCAAGACCAGCAGGCUGCCAGUGCCGUCGUUUUCCCCACUCCAGGUGAAAGACAAGGCCAGCGAGAAAGGAAAAGAACAGGAAAAGGAUGCAAUGGCACAUGUGGUGAAUUCCCCGAUGGUCCCCCGAAGUCAGGGCCGGAUAUUCAGCCAGCCCUUGGCGCCGAUCAGCCCUUCGUCGAAGCCUUCGGGGGCACCGCCUCGUAUGUCCCUUGCAGCAGCAGCUGUUACGCUCGCCACCGCAAAGCCUCCAAUUCCGCCGAAGCCGAAGGUUAUGCCCGGACGGCGGCCACGUAUAUCUAGGGGAAAGGUGAUUGCAAAGUUGGCUUCGCAACGAGAGGCCCAGCAGGCUGGCGCAAGUGCUAUUCCGAGGCCACGUGUGGGUGCAUCCAGCUCCCAUGCGAGUGCCGGCAUGCCAAGGAUACGGUCUAGCAUGGGCGCAAACGUCGGGCAGUCACAUGGUGUGGCGAAAGUGGGUGGGGAUGUGCUUAUGAGCGCAAAGAAGCGCACGAGGAGGAGCGAGUAUGCGAGGAGGCGGAGUCGUGUGGAUGGGGAGAAGAUGGACUUUUGAGGGGGUGAGCUGCUAGGUGUCUCUUUGUUUUUACUGUCUCUUUUUCUAUGCAUUUGUGGACUUUAUCUUUCGAGUUAUACAGUACUUCAUCUUGUGUGUGCUAGUUUAAUCAUGCAGGAGCAUGACAUUGGCUAGAAUAUCAAUGUGGGUUUCAAAUACUA